AUGCUGCUCCAACGAACAUGUAUUUCAUCCCAGUGAUUGAUUCAUUCUCUCUGAUGCUGCUCUAAAUCUCAUUGCUUUUUCCCCGACUACAGACUUGCAAACAAAAAACAAAAAACAUAAACACCUCUUAAAAAUAUGUGACAAUUCAGGACAAGAAAUAAGUACUUUUCUGUUCUCCUGUCACGAUGACUUCGGAAGCCUGCGAAGCCGCGCUGGAUGCAGCACUGCAAAAUUGUGGAAAUGUCGACGCUUUUCUGGACAACGUUUUUGGCUUCUUGGCAAGAAGAACUGACUUUUAUGUGGAAUGUCCACCCGAAGGAGGUCGAUUCGGAUUUCCUCCUGGUCAUGCAGAAUCCCUUGUUCGCUCAAAUUUUGUUAAAUGGAAAAAGUAUUUUAGUGAACAAUCAAGUCCGCUGUUAAACUUCAAAGCACCAAGCCCGACAACCAGUUCUGUACAAGCUUCUUGUCAAGUAAAUGAAGUAAUCAAAUCGACAAAUGUCGUGGAUCCGUCUGCUACUUCCCCUUCUGAGAUUAUCGUUCCAAAAUGCCUUGUAGUCCCUGACGAAGGUGGAAAUUCAGGAAAGGACGAUGCACAUAAUGGACGGGUGACAGAAAAGUAUUCUUGGUCUCAAACCAUAGCGGAGGUCGACGUAACUAUUCCGAUAGGUCAACAUGUCAGAAAGGGAAAGCAAAUGCAAGUCAUGAUUGAAAGUGGUCGAAUCUUUAUAGCCGAGACUGGAAGCAUCGAUUCUCCAAUUGUGGAAGGAAACCUGUCUUUUCCUGUCAAGAAGGAUGAUUGUUAUUGGAAUCUACUUCCGGGAGAGUGUGUGCGAAUUUGGCUUCAGAAAUCACAAGAAAGAUGGUGGCAAGCACUCUUGGAAGGUGAGGAACUUUUGGAAAUGAGCCAAAUUGAAGCAGUCCGUCCCAUGGAAGAACUGGACCAAGAGGAACAAAUGAAAAUUCAGGAACUUUGCUGGAACGAAGAAAGGAAGAGACAGGGCCUCCCCACGUCGGAAGACAUGAAAAUGCAAGAGAUUCUUGAGAAAGCAUGGAAUGCUGAUGGCUCCCCGUUCAAAGGGACGCCCAUCGACCCUUCCAUAAUCCAGUUUUCACCUCAAAACCAGUCAACGUUCUUCUCACCCCAACCCGACAAAUCAUAAUCUGAUUAUAAAUACUUCCUUCAUUCAUUCGUAAUUUUUAUAAAUUCCUGAAUCUACAAUCUCCAUAUUUUUGCUACACCUAUGUAUGUACAAGUUUGUAUUUUUAGCUAAGUGGAAUAAUAAUUGCAACAAUAAUAAGCAUCAUGAACAUCGAAA